AUGGCCACUCCAAACCCCCUUGUCCUGCCUCCAGGCAUAGAAGCCUCAGUCUUCCACCAAUUCAUCACAGAAGCAACCCAAAUCACCGGCUCAGAAAAUGUCAUCAUCAUAUCCUCCCCCUCCCAGCUCAACAAGAACGACUACAAAGACCCCAGCAAAGUCCACGACAUGUUCCACAUAACCGACGCUGACCACUUCGUCUCUUCCGCAACCAUAACCCCCCGCGACGUCGCUGAAGUCCAAACCAUCGUGAAGCUCUGCAACAAGUUCGAGAUUCCCCUCUGGCCAUUCUCCGUCGGGAGGAAUGUCGGCUACGGCGGUGCUGCGCCCAGAGUUCCUGGGUCCGUUGGACUCGAUCUGGGAAAGCAUAUGAACAAGAUCCUCAAGGUUGACGUUGAGGGCGCUUAUGCGCUUGUUGAGCCUGGUGUUACGUAUAUGGAUCUCCAUCAGUAUCUUGUGGAUAAUGGGUUGAGGGAUAAGUUGUGGAUUGAUGUUCCCGACCUUGGAGGCGGCUCGGUCUUGGGCAAUACUACUGAGAGAGGAGUUGGUUAUACACCUUAUGGCGAUCACUUCAUGAUGCAUUGUGGUAUGGAAGUCGUCCUUCCAGACGGAACCCUCGUACGCACAGGAAUGGGCGCUCUCCCGAAUCCCAACGCCGACCCAAACGCCCCUCCACACGAGCAAGAGCCAAACGAAGCGUGGCAACUGUUCAACUAUGGCUUCGGACCUUACAACGACGGCAUCUUCACUCAAUCCUCUCUCGGCAUCGUCGUCAAGAUGGGUAUCUGGCUUAUGGUCAACCCUGGCGGUUAUCAGUCUUACCUGAUCACGAUCCCCAAAGACGAAGACCUUCAUCAAGCCAUUGAGAUCAUCCGACCCCUUAGGACAUCAAUGGUGUUGCAGAAUGUACCUACAGUCCGACACAUUCUUCUUGACGCAGCCGUCAUGGGGAAUCGAGAAAAGUACACCGACUCGAAGUACCCCCUUACCGACAAAGAGCUGGACGACAUAGCCAAGAAGCUAAACCUAGGCCGCUGGAACUUCUAUGGCGCUCUUUACGGACCUGAGCCUAUUCGAAAGGUCAUGUGGGAAGUUGUCAAAGGCGCAUUCUCUGCUAUCCCUGGCGCAAAGUUCUACUUCCCCGAAGACAUGCCCGAUAAUCUCGUCCUCCAAACCCGAGACCUCACAUUACAAGGAAUUCCCACCAUGACAGAGCUAGAAUGGGUAAACUGGCUUCCAAACGGCGCCCACCUUUUCUUCUCCCCCAUCGCAAAGGUAACAGGCGACGACGCAGUAGCCCAAUACGAAAUAACCCGUCGCCGCUGCGAAGAAGCAGGCUUCGACUUCAUCGGCACCUUCGUAGUCGGCAUGCGCGAAAUGCACCACAUAGUCUGCCUCGUCUUCAACCGUCUCGACCCCGACUCAUGCAGACGCGCACAUUCACUUAUAAGCACGCUUAUCGACGACGCUGCGAAAAAGGGAUGGGGAGAGUACAGGACGCAUCUGGCGCUCAUGGAUCAGAUUGCGCAGACGUAUAACUUCAAUGGCAAUGCGCAGUUGAAGUUGAAUGAGACUAUCAAGAAUGCGCUUGAUCCGAAGGGGAUUCUUGCGCCAGGGAAGAAUGGGAUUUGGCCUAGGGGCGGCACUGCGACUCUCAAGGGAACCUUGUACUGUGAAUUGGGCAAGCUUGAAGUUUGUUCUACACAUUGA